AUGACUGACGAUGAAAAUGAACCAUUAUUGGACGAUGAUAAUCGUCACCAUACGUACACUUCUCUCCAUUCCUAUAUAACAACAAAUGAUUCUCAUCCACGUACAUCUUCAAGUACAACUUUUGCCACUGGUGAAAAAUUAUUGUCUGGUCGUUAUGAAUCACUUGAUUAUGAAUGUGAUGAAAGUGAAAUUGCUCAUAUGGAAGAAAAACGUUUAGGUUAUCGAUAUACACGUCGUUUAAUUAUAUUAAAAUGGUUAAUUAUGUUAUUAAUUGGCAUAUGUACAGGACUAAUAGCUGUAUUUGUUGAUUUUUCAGUAAAAAAUUUAACAAAAUUUAAAUUUAGUUAUGUACAAAAUAAAUUAGAUAUAUGUUUAUCUGAACAUUGUUUAUUUAAACCAUAUUUAGCAUGGAUUGGUAUAAACAUAUGCAUGGUUCUUGUUGCAGGUUUUCUUAUUCUUUGGGAGCCAGUUGCACGUGGCUCAGGUAUUCCACAAGUUAAAUGUUAUCUUAAUGGUGUUGCUGUUCCACAUGUACUUCGUUUAAAAACAUUAAUUGCUAAAGUCUUAAGUGUUAUAUUUGCUGUAUCUGGUGGAUUAGCCGUUGGGAAAGAAGGACCUAUGUGA